AGUAAGAAGGAGGAGUAAGACCUCUAGCAGCAAUACUCUAGCUGCAGUACCUCACAACAGCAAUACUCCUGUACGGAGUAGUGAAGAUGGAGAACAUGAUUGUGUCAGACCUCAACUGCACUCCAUGUGCAGAUGAAAUGGAUGAAGAUCCAGUAGUUGAAAUGGAUGAAGAUGCACUACUUCAAAUGGAUGAAGAUGGAGGUGUUGAGCAAACAGUUCGGAAAAGGGACAACCUUGAUGACAAGCAGAAGUAUGCUGCUUAUGUUGCAUUGCAUACACUGUGUAUGAGUAGAGGGGGCAAAUUUAACAGAGAUUAUAAGAAAAAAGUGGCUGACUUUUUUGGAGUAGGUGUUUGGAAUAUUCAAAGAGUUUGGAAGAAAGCGAUGAGGCAAAUUGCACAAGGUUUGGAGGUUGACAUUUCCAGUCAGAGAAAAGGAAACUGUGGAAGAAAGGCAAAGGACAUCAACCUAGAUCAAAUCCCUACAAUCCCUCUGAACAAAAGGUCUACCGUCCGGUCACUUGCUUGGCAACUAGGAUGCAGCCCCACCACACUCCACACGAAGUUCAUGUUGAAGUUGAUAAAGAGACAUUCAAAUUGUGUGAAACCAAUUUUGAAGGAAAAGAACAUCAAGGAUAGAAUGAAAUUUUGCUUGUCAGUGCUCGAUGAGACAACAAUAGAAACUGGAAGGCCUAAAUUGAAGACCAUGCACAACAUUCACUACUAA